GGGAGGGGUGUGGAGGCGAGGGUCUCUCUUCUCUCUUGUCUUCCCUCCCCCGGAGUAAGAUGGCGGCAGCCGUCGGGCUUAGGAGCUUUUACAAGGCGACGGGGCGCCUGGUAAGGGGGCAGUGCAGUGAAGCCCAUGAGAAAUGGGCGAGUGGAGGGAGGUUAGGGGUGGGUGGGUUAAGAGCAGCUCCUCGGUCGAUCCCGCGCCCCAGCGAUCCUCCUCUGUGGAAAGCAAGAGAUCUGGGAGGACCUUGCCUUGAAAUCUGCCAGUGAUUGCGGGUGUUUGAGCGGCUUGGUUGCCCGCCAUAUGGUUGCUCAAGGCGGCUUGCAAGGAUCUGAAGGGUCACCUGAAUCAGGGUCGUCAAAAGUGGGGAAUUGUGAUCGAUCCUCCUCCCAAAAACGCCCCUAUCGUUAACACCUUAAGAGAUCUCUGCUGCUGCAGUAGGUAGAGCGUGUCAUCUUGGGAGGGUUGAACUAAAAUUUUGCAGAUUUCUCCCAUGAGCAUUGUCUUUAAAAUACGUUUUUGAGGUGCAAGGAAUUCAAAUCUGCUCUUAUUUUUGUGACCGGACUACAUUUGGCUUGGUAGAUCUGCGUUCCAUUUUUUUAAAAAGCACAUAAACUAGUUUUGCAGAACUGAAAUCAUGUUAAUCUUACCAUCUGAGAAUGUAAGGCGAUAGCGAAUAAGAAUAACAACAUUUAUACCACCAAUCCUUUUUAAUGGUUUCUGCGCAAUUUGUUGCACGUUUUGCUUAUCCAACAAAGCUAAAUAUUGAUGUAACCGAAAUAUCUUUUGCCUUACAACUUUUUAAGCACUCCUCAGUUUUUGGAAAUUGAAGAAUUCAACACCCCCUACCGCUGCUGCUGUCUUGCCCAUUUUUGCAGUCUUAGCUCUCUGAAACUUCCCAGUAUAAAAUCGGCUCUGCCACAUUCCUAUUUGUAUAUAAGGCUUUUGAAAACAACAGCAGUUUUUAACAGAUUUGUUAAUGAAAGGUGUUUUCCAACCACUGUUAGUGCUGGUGUCUUGAUGAAGCUUCCAUGUAACAGAGGAGCAUACCUCUGGGUAGGUCCCAGAUGUUGGGACAAAUACUGGUGGUUUGAAGACAGGCAAGGUCCCCAUUCUGCUGAGUCUAGGUGUGGUCGGUGCCUGACUGGGAGACGUCUUGGAAGCCCCAUGUAUGCUGCCUGAGGUUACAUGAUGAAUAUUUAGAAAUGUGAAAAACAAAAACCCAGAAAAUUAUGGUUAAAAAAUGUCAAGUUGUUUAUGUUUUGCACUUAGUCCUCUGAAGAACUCAGGGCAGCUUAUGUAUGGUCCUCAGGCAGUCUAUACAUACAGUAAAAAAGGUAAAGGACCCCUGACAGUUAAGUCCAGUUGCGAACGACUCUGGGGUUGCGGCGCUCAUCUCGCUUUACUCUCCGAGGGAGCCGGCGUUUGACCGCAGACACUUUUUCCAGGUCAUGUGGCCAGCAUGACUAAGCCGCUUCUGGCCAAACCAGAGCAGUGCACGGAAACGCUGUUUACCUUCCCGCCGGAGUGGUACCUAUUUAUCUACUUGUACUUUGACAUGCCUUCGAACUGCUAGGUUGGCAGGAGCUGGGACAGGAGCUCACCCCGUCAUGGGAAUUCGAACCACUAACCUUCCGAUCAGCAGGCCCUAGGCUCAGUGGUUUAGACCACAGCGCCACCCACAUCCCUCCUGCCACCCGCAUCCAAACUUCAGAUCUUGUCACAGGACCUCCUGCCAUUUGUCUAGUGGCCUGUCCUUUGUGAACCCACCGAAUGACUCUUGACCUGACAUUUGUGGAUGAUGAUUAGAUUCUAUGUGUGUCUUCUCCAUUUGUGAUGAACACUAUGAACGGGUAUUUUACAACGUAUUCAAGCUAGCAAACUUUUGUUAAACUGAUAUAUUGGAAGGGACCCCGAAGGCCAUCUAGUCCAACCCCCUGCAAUGUAGGGUCCUGCCUGCAGCCAUCCCUGGAUGGUCUCGAACCACCAACCUCCUGGUUAGCAGCCAGACCCACUGACCCACUGCACCGCAUGGGACUAACUGCAAGUACAUCCUUCACUUGAUUCUUAUCUACACACAUGCAGAUUAAUCUGGCAUACAGUCAGAACUUGAUAACUUGAAUUGGUAAACAAUAUGCAUGUGCUUAGUUAAGUCUAAGCUUCUUUGAUAAUUCCAUUGAAUUCCACUGUGAGCUGUGGCUAUUGUAUGAUAGUCCGAAACCUAAUCCCAAUGUAAAGAAUUGGGAAUUAGAACAAGCCUGCUGUGUGGAUCUUGGUGCAGUGUUUUGAUUUCAUUUAAUGUCUGGUUCAAGUUUGCAUGUGGUUUGCAGGAUUUGUGAGUUGAGAUGCUGCUGCAGUCUACUUUGACUUCAGAUUGUAUAAAAAAGUUUUGGCAGAAGUUUACUUCAGAAAGUAGUUAAUACGCUGAUGAUGGACACUGAAAUUGCCAAUUUCAGUACUUUAUUCAUGGGUGCUUAUUCAUGGGUGGUAUUGGGGUGGUUAUACAUGACCACAAACCAAUACUGUUUACACUUGCAAAUGUUUUUGGAGUGGACAUACUACCGUAUUUUUCACUCUAUAAGAGGCACCAGACCACAAGACGCACCUAGUUUUUGGAGGAGGAAAAUAAGAAAAAAAAAAAAUUCUGAAUCUCAGAAGCCAGAGCAGCAAGAGGGAUCACUGCGCAGUGAAAGCAGCAAUCCCUCUUGCUGUUCUGGCUUCUGGGAUAGCUGCGCAGCCUGCAUUUGCUCCAUAAGAUGCACACACAUUUCCUCAUACUUUUUAGGAGGGGAAAAAGUGAGUCUUAUAGAGCAAAAAAUACGGUACUUCCUUUCUAGUCAGUGCAAUCCCUUAGCAUCCUGCUGAAAUCCUGUAACUCUUUAUAACCCAAAUGUUCAGGCCUAUUGUUUUGUCCAGCAAUACUCCCCCAUAAUGGGCUAACUUUGGGAAGCAUUGCAGAAGAACCAAUAACAUGGAAUGAUGUUCUGAUGGUCCUGUAAAUUUCUUCCUAGUAUAGGAGGGAAGAGAAUUUGAGAAAUCUUUACUCGGAGUUAAAGGUACCACAUUUAAACACGUAAUUGCCAACUUUCCCACACAGGUCUCCUCUUUCCUGGACCUGCCAAGAAGAUCAUUUCUCAGUUUUUACUAUGUGAAAUGCUUGAGGUACUUUGCGGGACCUGCUGCACUUCCUUAUUAGGAAUCCCAGCGGUUAACUUUUGUUUUAAACCAUUUUAGGUUGAUUCUAAGGCAUCUUGAUCUCUUUUGGGAAGCUGUGCAAAAGAACAACUCUUUGAGUAUUGUGCAGUUUUUGAAAUGGAAAAACGGUGCCUUGUAGAUUAUUCUGCAGAUGCUCUCUCACAGUCCUAAUGACUUCAAAACUGGACUUGGGAGCAGGACACCCUCUGUGACUCCUCCCACCAUUGAUGGAUGGAUGAGACCUGAUGCAUUUCUGUGGCUGAGCAUCCCUCCAGCUUCUCAAAAGAAGAUCUUCUGCAACACACCUGCUCCUUUGCAUUCCUCCACAGCUUGAGAACCUCAGCAUAGGAAUUCUCCUUCCCUUCCCACUAUUUCCCUAAGAAAGUAAUAAGCAAAUACAUGCAGUUUACAUCCAAUGAGAAUAACAUUGACAAUAAGAUUACGUAUCUGUGCCCUAAGUAAGUAAGCAAGCACCUAUGGAAGCUAAUCAGUUGCACCUUCUCACUGCUGAUUUUGACCUAAUUGCAGCAUUAAUCUAGUUGUGAUUUUGGUAAACAAUAUUGUAGUGAUUGGGACCAUAGCUCAGACAGAUUGCUGGUGUGGUUUUUUUCUUGGUCACCCCUUCAAAGCUCUGAUCAGCUUGUAAGAUACAAAAUGGCUACCUCUUCAGUGCUGGAGCAUGGUCCAUAGAUGCACUGCGGGCGUGCAUUUCCUGAUAUUGCCCAAAACUGAAGAGAAGGGGGCAGCUUCUCUUUAUACGGAACUUCAUGUUGACUCCAAAGCCCACGGCCCAGAGCUAGUGGAAUCUGAUGGUAGUUUUUAAUAUGGUUGUUUACAUUUCUUCUAUACAGGCCCCUGAGGAUUUUGAGGACAAAUCUUCACUUUUUUGUUAACUUCCAAUGAACACACAAUAUGGCAGAAUUUGCCUUCCGAAACAAAGCAAUUAAUAACAAUGAGUAAGAUGCAAAUGAUAACAUCUGCUACCUUUAAUUGUCAUUUUUCUCCCCCAAUAAUAAGUUGCUUCUGUGCGCUUCUGACAAAUUGAAAGAAGAGAAUAAGCGGCGAUUUCAGUCUUGCUUGUCUCUAAGGCUUGGUUUUUGUUUCCUUUGCCAGCUCUGCGUCCACCAUAUUAGAUUGUACAGUAACUUCCGUUCGCUAAAGGCAAAAUACAAUUGUGGGCUUGACAAGCCCUCAUGGAGGUAUCGAAAUCCACACCGAUUGUUCAGAACAACUAUUGGUGAGUUUCUUUCACACAUAAUUUUUAUUUAUUUAUUAGGAGUUCUUGUCACUCCAAAGAGAGGCAAGCAAACAAGGAAGGAUCAACACAUAUACUUGGAGCAAUCUCAAUUCUCCAAGUACGAGGACUUAUAUAGCCAAAAUGGCAGCCAAAAUGGAGCCAUGGACAGUGAAUGGUGUCCCGUUAGGGCAAAUGGGGCACUGCCGUCCCAACCUCAGUCUGUUUAUGGAAGCCACCACUGGGUAUCAACAUACUUGGGGAAAUCCCGAGGUUUGCAAAAAGCCAAAAAACCUAAAAGGGGUGAGGAGGAACAAACCUCAUGUGUGGUGGAGGAGAUCCAAAUAGCUCAGAGAAGACUGGUGUGCUCAGUGGCCAUGAAAUGCUGACGGUGGGGGGACGACUGGUAGUAGGGUUUGAAUAGGAUGGAGUAGCUGAAACCCUAAAGCACUCCAUUCUGUAGUAAGCGUCACUGAACACAGUCUUGAGGUAAAGUAUGCAGCAAUACAUAGUUAAUUCACAGAGCCCAAAACAUGGACCCAAAGUGUCUUAAGGACCAUCUGGUAGUUUUUACUCCACCUCAAAUUACUGAGAACCUCUGAUAGGGCACUGCUGGUGGUUCCCCAUGCUUUGACUAGAGACCAAGUAUUUCAUGGAGCAAGCCCUGCCCUGCGGAACUGCCUGCCACUAAAGGUUUGGCAGGCCCUGUCCCUGCCUUUUUUCACAUCUUCUGAAAAUUGUUCAGAUGGGUCUUCACAAUCAGAAUUUUAACCCACCAGUACCUGCUGCUGAUGUUUUAUUGAUAUUUCUGCUUGGGUUUUAUGGGAGUGGUUUUAUUAUGUUUUGUGUGCAUUGAGCCUCCUUUAAUAUACUUUAGGAAAGUGAGGUUUAUAAAUAUCUACAUAAAUAAACUGCUGGAACUAAGCAAGGCUGAUGGGAGACUGCCUGAGAAUCCUGUGUACCCCAACUUGAUUCCACAAGUGAAGAAGAUUGAGAUUUAAAUGUAAUAAAUAGGUUAGAAAGUAUUGCACUUCUAAUCAGCAGUUGUUGGGACCUGACUCUAAUUGUAUAGUUUGUACAUAGAGCUACUCCAUGCUGCUGUUCUGCUGUUUUGUUUGACAUUUGUUCCCUUGUCUUUCCCCUUCCAAGUGUCACAUGGCCAAAUUGUCCAGUUCAAGCUCUCCGAUAUUGGAGAAGGGAUUACGGAGGUGACGGUGAAAGAAUGGUAGGUUCACUCGCUUCAUGCCACAGGGCUCCCUUCGCCUUGCACUUCCCUGAAAGUUGGAAUAGCGUAGGAAAGGAUGUUCGAGUUGUGUUAAGGCAGGAAUCGCAUGGUGUCAAGGGGGCCCUCACAAAAUACACAUACAAAGAAAAGGACAUUGAUAGGUAGAACACUCCAAAGCUUUCAGUCAGCAGGUUAAAGUUCUGCUCCUAGUUGAGCCAUAUAGAGCAGAGCCCCAUUUUCUGACAGCAACUGGCACAUGGCCCGCUAUGGGGAGAAAUGGGCCUUCAGCUUUGAAGUCCACUGAUUUCAAGAGUAUAGCUUGAGGAAUACUUCCGCAUAAUUUUGGAAAUAUCUUUCUGUAUCCACGGAAGAGAACAGUGAGACAUGAGGAACAACCAAUUGGCCAGAAUUAGAGAAGGAUGAGAAGGUGGACCUCAGCCACUUCCUUGAACAAGCUCUUUCAACCAGAGGGACUUUCCACACACAGUGCCAGGAAACAUAAAACUGAGUGUGCAUUGGCAGUUUGAAGGGGGGGGGCUGAGCUACGCUAGGGGCCCCACAUAUAUCAAGGUUGCCACAGCAAUUGGAGGGAAGGUGAGGAAAAGCAGCUCCUUUCCUGAAACAUCAGCAAACCAUGAUUUUACUCAAUGCUGCCAACCCAUUUCUGCCAUAUUUCCCAUGGUUCUACCUGCAGCACCUAUUUGGAGCAUUAAAAAAGGAGAGGUGCCAAUUGUCCCAUAGUUCUUUGAUAACCCUCCGGCUUCUCUGCCAUGUAUGUUACGCAGGUCUUUCUUUUUUCUUAGGUAUGUAAAAGAAGGCGACGUCGUCUCCCAGUUUGACAGCAUCUGUGAAGUCCAAAGCGAUAAAGCCUCUGUCACCAUCACCAGCCGUUACGAUGGCGUCAUUAGAAAACUCCAUUACAACUUAGACGAAAUUGCCCAUGUGGGGAAACCGCUAGUGGAUAUAGAAACAGCUGCCUUGAAAGGUAACGUCAGUGGAUUUCAUCAUUCUGUCAGGAUGGUCUCAUAGAAUCAAAUGUGAAAUAGGUAAAUGGGAAUUUUAAAAACAUAAAACCAGUUCUUGUUUCCAAGUGCUUUGCAAGUUGCAGGAGGUUCUUCACUAGGCAGGGGGUGGGGGCAGUUUUAUGCACUUCUCAAUUCAUUUUUAGAGCCUGGUCACUCAGUUAUGUUACAAACAGAAAUCAGGAUUCAGAGAACCAUUUCAAGCAUGUACAAGGGCUUUGAGCAACAGACUCGGGUUCUUAUUUCUUGUUGCCAUAUACAAGUCUUGGGCUUGCAUCUUCUCCCCUUCUUCCUCUUUUGCAGGCCAGGUUGGAAGCUUCUGCCUUGCAUUUUAUAGAAACCACUAGGGCAUCUGAAACCUGGGAAAUUCUGGCCUGGUUAAAUUCUGGUUGGUGAAAAUAAGGCAGGAUCAAACCAUACUUUCAGGUCCUAGCUUGUUCUCAGAACCAAAAGCAUAGUUCCCUCCAUUUGUACGUCAAAGUGGUUUAAAAUCAGAAGCAUCCGAUCUUGCCCUGCUGGCAUGCAGAAGACGAGGAGAGGGGAGAUAGGCGCACACAAGACUGCAGCUCGUUCUGAUAGUGGGAAACCCUGGAUUCCUGUACCAACUAACCCAGUCCACGUCGCAAACUGCUUUGGGGUGUCUCAAAAGCCAUUAGCUGUCUGCUAUGCUAUGACGCACCGUGGCUGCAGAGCCACAAGCCUAAAGUCCCUUUGAAAGCAUGGAGCUAAUUGUAUACAGUGGUACCUCAGGUUACAUACGCUUCAGGUUACAUAUGCUUCAGGUUACAGAUUCCGCCAACCCAGAAAUAGUACCUCGGGUUAAGAACUUUGCUUCAGGAUGAGAACAGAAAUCGCGCAGCGGUGGCAGCAGGAGGCCCCAUUAGCUAAAGUGGUGCUUCAGGUUAAGAACAGUUUCAGGUUAAGAAUGGACCUCCGGAACGAAUUAAGCACUUAACCUGAGGUACCACUGUAUAUCUUUGCACUCUGGCCAGAGACGAGGGCAGGCUGAGGGCAACUUGGAAGCUGCCUCCCUUGGGGUGUUGUCCCACAUCACUCCAGCAACGUGUGAAGGAAGGAACCACCGUGCCGUAAUCUAAACACGCAAACGGUCUCGUCUCACACGUGCCUAAGCUUAAGCGAAAUAAACUGGCAGCAUUGUCACUGGACCCACGUUCUCCUUUCCCUUGACAGCCGUUUUCAGUGCUGCGUUUUAAAGUUAACCCCUUUGUGUCCAACCUGCAGAUGUCGCUCCCGAAGAGGACGUGGUCGAAACCCCUGCCGUGUCUCACGAAGAGCAGACCCACCAGGAGAUCAAAGGCCACAAAACCUUGGCAACUCCUGCCGUCCGCCGCCUUGCCAUGGAAAACAAUGUGCGUUCCCUUUUCACUGAAGCAGGCCGCCUUGCGGUUGAUCUCUUUUUGCGAGGAGGGAUGCGAGGCUGGUGUAAUGCAUUCGCAAACUGUGUUAACGUAACGGCUAACGCGGCAAUUGUGCUAAUGUAACGGCUGAUCAGAAGGUUUGAUGCUUCAUGGCAGGAGUAGGUAACUUCUUGGUGGCUGAAGGUGGUACAUUGCCUUCCUGUAUGUUAGUGCCCCACCUCCCAUAUUGUGGGCUGGGCUUUACGGCAAGCUCCACCCACCACAUGCUAUAUUAUGUCAAACGCAGUGGAGAGGCUUGCUGGGGAUUAAUGUGGGCUGAGAGACACCAUGGAGCAUGGAGAGGCUCUAAGGACUGCGUUGCAACACUCAUGACUUGAUGAAGUGGCUUGCAUGGCUAGCGUCAGGAAUUUUGAAACCAUUCACUUCUUGUGCAGAAUAGUUCCGUUAGAACACAAGAGUCUCUUAGUGAUAUAUGAUAUGUGUGACUUUGCACGCAGUCCGGCACCCUUACCCAUAAUGGCACACAAUGGCGAGCCCCUUUUGUGCAGGAGAUGUUCUGAGUCCCAUGUCAUCAGGAGAAACCCCUCUCGCAAUCAGGAGAACCUUGGAAGAAGCCCCGAAGCAGCCUGGGCCAUCCUCAAGGAGUUCCUGGAAACACAAACGAGGAGUUUGAAGUGUGAGGCAGGCAGCGUAGUCCCAUCUGCUGCAGAAUCAGACUUGGAAGGUGCCCACCUUCAGUACAGGAAAUACAGGGACGCUGGUGGCGUUGUGGUCUAAACAGCAUAUGCGGCGCCGGGGUGCAAAGAUCCGCCCAGGCCCCCCCGCCGGUUGCCCAGUCCCAGGCGAACAGGAGGGCGAAGUCGGCUGGCCACCUCAGCAUCUCGCUGGCUCGGUCACCCCCAAACUUGCGGCACAGCAGAAAAGCCCGCCAUGGCGCUCCGACCAACGGGCGGACUGUUUCCCGGACUCUGGGCCUGGCGCCCCUGAGAGCCCGGUGCCCCACACCCCUAGCGCCUAUGGGUAAGACGGCCCUUGGUCUAAACCACUGAGCCUCUUGGGCUUGGCAUUUGGAAGGUCGGCGGUUCGAAUCCCGGCGACGGAGUGAGCUCCUGUUGUUCUGUCCCAGCUUCCACCAACCUAGCAGUUUGAAAGCAUGCCAGUGCAAGUAGAUAAAUAGGUACCACUAGGGUGGGAAGGCAAACGGUGUUUCCGUGCACUCUGGUUUCUGUCACGGUGUCCCGUUGCACCCAAAGUGGUUUAGUCAUGCUGGUCACAUGACCCAGAAAGCUGUGGACAAAUGCCGGCUCCCUCAGCCUGAAAGCGAGAUGAGCGCCACAACCCCAUAGUCGCCUUUGACUGGACUUAACUGUCCAGGGGUCCUUUACCUUUACCUUUUACUGGAGAUUACACCCACCCAGCUUCUCUGAAGGAGUGUCCACCACUUUUCAAGACAAUCUGUUCCACUGUUGUAUAGAUCAUACCAUCAGGAAGUUCUUCCUAAUGUUUAGUCCAAAUGUCGUCGUCCGCACCAAUAAGUUAAACCCAUUGGUUCGGGCCCUAGACUCUGGAGCAACAAAAACCAAAUUUGUUCUUUAUUGAUGUGUCAGCCCAUCAGAUAUUUGAAGAUAUCUCCUGUUCAAUCCUUUCCUCUCUCGGCUUUUAGCAACCUCAACGGAAUUGUGUGUGGAUCUUUGUCACAGCACAUUUCGCAUGUAGCCUUGAGCAAAUGGAUGAUACAGAAUUUUUGGUUCACACUAUUCAGUUGCAUGUAUGUGUACACCAAUUUAAGUAGCAUGUGGAUUCCUUGGGGAGGGGGUGGGUUACCAGUCCCAGCUCCACACUCACCUAGCUUCAACAAUCCUGCAAAAUUAGAUGCUUUCAGAUUAUAUGACUGGACACAUGUGGAUUCAGUGUUAAUGAAGUACCUAUAAAUAUUUGCAGAGGGAAGUAUCCAACCAAUGCAUCCCAUCAACGUAAGGAUUUCCAUUUCUGCAAAGGAAAUUGGGGGGGGUGCAUGGGGGCAAGAGAGGGCAAGUUCUGUUGUGCAAGUGGAAUUACCGUAUUUUUCGCCCCAUAGAGCGCACCGGCCCAUAGGGCGCACCUAGUUUUUUUUUGGGGGGGGGGGAAUAAAGAAAAAAAAAUAUUUCCCCCCCAGCCCCCAGAACAGGCUGCUAUCCGCAAGCCUAGGGAGCCCUGCAGGAAGUCGCGCCGGUCUCCCCAGGCUUGCGGAUAUCUGCCCGAAGCCUGGAGAGCGAUGUGCACCGACCCCUCUCGCUCUCUAGGCUUCAGCGAAAGUCUGCAUUCGCCCCAUAGGACGCACACACAUUUCCCCUUCAUUUUUGGAGGGGAAAAAGUGCGUCCUAUAGGGCGAAAAAUACAGUACUUGCACUGAGGGGAUGCCUAAGUUGGAAACGGUCCACGUAUUCUUCAAACGCUUAACUUGCCUGCCUUCUCUCGCAUUUUCUUUUGCCAUUUCAAUAAAAAGGAUGCGUUCCCUCUGCUCAUGCCCUGUAUCCAGAAUUCUUUAGCUUGUGCUCUUGUCUUUCAGAUUAAACUGAGCGAAGUUGUUGGAACAGGGAAAGAUAACCGUAUCCUCAAAGAAGACAUUCUCAAUUACUUGGCCAAACAGACGGGAGCUAUUUUACCUCUAUCGCCAAAACCUGAAAUUGUCGCGCCGCCGCCAACACCGAAGCCUGCAGCAGAUAAGCCAAAGAUGCCCAGAAUCCCUCUGCCCAUUUCCAAACCUGUCGUAAUUUCACAGAAAGAUAAAACAGUGGCCGUUUCAGGUAAAUAAAUUAAUGAAACCUCCUGAGGAUCUAAUAUAGAACAGCAUACGUAAAAUAUUUGUAAAGGGCAACUGAACAAAUAAAACAUGAAUAUUUGUUUCUGCAUUCAUAGCGAAGCACACUGCUGCUGUUUUUCCACUUGUAAUCCCAGUCGGCUGUUGAGGGAUGUGGUGCAAUUUUUAGUUACAGUUAGAGAUGAAUCCAGGAAAAUGGCAAUGCAGAAUUUUGGGGAGAGUUCAUUCAGGCACUAAUACUUAUGGAAGCUUCCAAAGACUGGCAGGUCUGCUCCCCCCUCCCAUCUAUUCUCAUAUUAAUCAGGAAUCACCAGAUUAUCUUCCUGACUCCUGGAAAAUUAAUCCAGACACUGUCUUGGUAAGACUUCUAAGCCUUGGCAUUCAGUGACAUCACCAUGCAACAGGGCAGGGGAGAACAACACCCUGUUGUGGUGCAGUGCCAACAUAGUGUAUUUUCUGGUUACCCUGGUACUCUGGGUAACCAAACCAUAGAUAUGGCCACGCGUCCUUCUCAAAAUGUCUCCCACCCAGGCAUCGAUAAAGUCUGCACCCACUUAGCCUCAACAGUACAACAGCCUUGGAUGCUGUAAUCUGUUCAUUGGGCAAAUACAUUCUUACUGUACUGCAGUCUUCUGCAAAUAAAUAAGAAGGUAUUUUCUCAUAUGGUUUCUCCCCCAGAGUUUCUCCUAUGGCUUACUGGAGUCCCAUCUGCGAUAUUUAACCUUUUUAAUAGUUUUGAUGGGAUGCGGGUGGCGCUGUCGGUUAAACCACAGAGCCUAGGACUUACCGAUCAGAAGGUCGGCGGUUCGAAUCCCUGUGACGGGACGAGCUCUCGUUGCUCGGUCCCUGCUCCUGCCAACCUAGCAGUUCGAAAGCACGCCAGUGCAAGUAGAUAAAUAGGUACCGCUCUGGCGGGAAGGUAAAUGGCAUUUCCGUGCGCUGCUCUGGUUCACCAGAAGCGGCUUAGUCAUGCUGGCCACAUGACCCGGAAGCUGUACGCUUUUAUGUAGUUUUGAUGCCUAUGUCUGAGGUUGUCAUCGUCGUCAGUUAAGUGGCAUAUAAAUUUUGUUAAAUAAAUUUGAAGGAAGAUGGAAAGCAAGGCAGGAAACCGGGACAUCACCAGGCAUCAUUUUUCUUCUUCUCCCCCUUAUUUCCAGGAUUCCAGAAGGUCAUGGUGAAAACCAUGUCUGCAGCGCUGAAAAUUCCUCACUUCGGUUAUUGCGACGAGAUUGAUCUCACGCAACUUGUCCGGCUGAGAGAGGAGCUGAAACCUGUAGCGCUCGAACGUGGAAUUAAGCUUACCUUCAUGCCUUUCUUUUUAAAGGUGAGGCUGAACCAGCAGGCCUUGCUAAUGUGCAAAACGAGAGGGGUUUGUAAGAAGCUCAAGCUGUCCGUACAGUAGUUUUGAUAAAAUGCAAAUGCAUCAAAUUGUAAUACGUUUCAAGGGAGAUAAUUAAUGUAUAUGUCCUGGUGAUUUUUGUGGACAAUCAGUACAGAAAUCUAUAUAAUAAAUAAUAAGAGUCUUUUAACUGGUAGACAGCACUCCUUCUUACAGGCUGUUACACUGACAAUAUAUUUAGUUUUGCACGUAGGUUUGGCUGCAACAAUAGAUUGACCUUUUUCAAAAAAAACUUGAUUUUUUUCAUGCUUCUCAAAAUAUUUUGAAAAGUAUGAGGCGUAGUCAUGGUCCUCUUUCAAAAUGCAAUUCUUUGGGUGGGGGUGUAUCAGGAGUUGUUGUUGUUUUAUAUCCCACCCUUCAUCAAAAGAUCUCAGGAUGGUUCACAAUAAUGUUGUAAUUAACAAAAAGGAUCUUCCAUCCAAUAAUUUUUUCCAUCGAAUACCAGAAAUUACUUACUCUGACUGGAGACAUUUCCACUGAAAUGCUAGAUAAAGAAAAGCCGAUGGGCUUCUAAGCACAUUUAUUUAAAUGAGGAGUGUGAUUGUGUGUGUGUGUGUGUGUGUGUAUGGGGUGGAAUCCAGCUCACAGAAGGGCAUUUGAUCCAGCAGAGGCAUUUGCUAUUGGAAGAGGAGGGGAAGAUGAUUUCUGCCCAUUCCCUCUUCCCCCAUCAGCUCCAGUGAGUUGGGGGACGUGCCGGAACAGGGCGGAAGUGAGAAAGGAGAAUUGGCAAAAAAAUAAAAUCCCCUCCUCUUGCAUUAGUAGGCACCUCUACUCAGUCAGAAGCCCUUGGGAGCAUAUGAUCUGCUUUAACUGAGUCAGACCAUUGGUCCCUCUUGCUCAGUAAAGUCUGCACCGAUGGGCAGUGUCUCUCCAGGGUUUCGGAAAGAUAUCUCUCACAGGUUUACCUGGAGAUGCUGGAGCUUUCCGCAUGAAAAACGGAUGCUCUACCACUAUCUCCCUAUGUACAUGUAUUCAGCAGCUACGUUGCACAGUUUCUGAAGCAUGCAGCCUGUUGGCUCUGGCUGCUAGAAUAAUCACAUUUGUCUUUCUUAAAAAAUAUUUAACAGGCCGCUUCUUUAGCCUUAUUACAUUAUCCGAUCCUCAACGCUUCGCUGGAUGAAAACUGCCAAAACAUCACUUACAAGGUUUGUAUAUUGACAUUCCUGUUACAUUCUUAAGGGAGAUCCAGCUCUGUUUUAUGAUGAUUAGAUACAGGGAGGGGGUGUUAGGGGAGGGGUAGUACCUCUGGUGGGGGACAUGUUAUGCUCCUUGUGGGGUAGUUUGUCCACCUUGGGGUGUCCCCCCCCACACUCUGCUCUCACCUGUGGCUCCUCAAAGUUGUCAGCUUGUGAUAGUAGCCACACCCUGGGAAUGGCUUUGACUGGCCGGCUAAACCAGGUGAGGGGAGCCGAUAGGCGUCAGACUCUUGAGGUUAAAGACUUCCCCUGCGUGCAAAGACAGGCUCCAGUGGAUUGAGCGGAUGAGACCAAUAGGGGACAAGAAGACAGUUUCUGCAUGGGGGGCAGAUGGGGCUCAUCAACCUAGAAAGGGAGCCUGUUGAGGAGGGGAGAGACUCCAUCAGGCAAGGCCUCCUUCCACCUGCCUUGCCCCACCCUCUGCUUCUCAAUGUGUAUUGUAUUAUUUUAUGUACUGUGGCUUGCCGUUGUUUUAUUGAUUAUAGUUUAGAUACUAUUGUAACUGUUGAAUGGAUUUCUGUUUAACUUUUAUAUGUUGAUAUUAUUAUUUUAUACUAUUCUAAUUGACUGUUGAAUGUUACUUUUUUGAUGUAGGCUGCCUAUUUUAAAGUUAUGUUUUAUUAUCACAUUUUUGUAUUGCAUUAGAUUGUUAUAAGAUGUACAUUUUUUGUUUCUUCAACUUGUAAACCUCCUUGAGUAUUGUAAGAUAGAAAGGUGGUAUACAAAUUUAAAAUGAUGAUGGUGAUGAUUAUGAUGAAGGAAAACUCUGGUCCUAAACCUCCACUGCCUUGCGGGAUAUCUUCAGGAGAAGAAAAGGCUAAGGAGUAAACCCAACACAAAUCUGGAAUAGAGUCCCUAAGGCGGUUGGAUGGCGUCUUGGACGCCUCCUUUUGGCAACCCCUGCAGCCAAGCUGGUGCCAAACGUAUUGCUUUGGACUGCAUCAGUGAGGCAGCAACAUCUUGUUGUCUGAGCAGCCCAGGACCUCCAUCCACACUAGCCAGGCUUGCAUCCCAUGGAGGUCACUCGGGUGCUGCUAACACAGUGGUUUGACUUCACCUGUGGAGGUGCACUGCAUUGUCUCUUGAGACUGAUGCCAACAAGAUACGGGAAAUUAUAGUUUGUACUGCAAGCAAGCAUGGUGCGUAUGGGAGUACGUCAACAGCACCUUGCACCUUGCAUGGUUUCAUUUUUGUUUUGUUUCUUAAAAAUAAAGUCCUGUAUUUUAUCCCAGUGUUACAUCUCUCAGGAGUUCAGAGCAGUGUACCUGGUUCCCCCCAACCCCAUCUUAUCCUCAACACCCCUGCAGGUCAGCCUGAGGGAGAGAACAAUUCACCCAAGAUCACCCUUUGAACUUUUGCUUGUAGGCUUGGAAUUUGAACCCGUGUCUUUCUGGCUCAGUUGACAGUACUGGGCUGCAUCUAGCAUUGCAUGAAUUGAAGUCCAGUUGUGGAGCAGGAAAGGGAGAAUAUAUUGGUCAUGCCUUCUUACAUCUUGAAGAGAAAUUCUGUUUGGUCCAAAACAAAGAUGGAUAUUUUUUUAUAUAUUCAUUCAUUCAUUCUAGGCUUCUCACAACAUUGGAGUUGCUAUGGAUACAGGGCAAGGCCUAGUUGUCCCUAAUGUGAAGAAUGUCCAGGCCUGCAGUGUAUAUGAGGUCGCUUCAGAAUUAAAUCGCCUGCAGAGCCUGGGGUCUGCGAAUCAGCUGGGAACAAGCGACCUCACCGGGGGAACAUUCACACUCUCCAACAUUGGCACAGUGAGUUUGAACAGCCUUUUAAAAUCCAACUCUAGAAACAUAUCUAGCCAUAUUGUUUUAAAUACAACCAGGCCACAAACUAUUACCCUGUGGGGGAGGGAGAAACUGGUCUAGCUUUGGGGACUAAGCCCCUGGGAGGACAGGGGGUUAGAUGAAUGAAUAUUCAGUUAUGUAAAUGCCCUACUUUUAAGCUGAAAAAGGCUCCCACAGAUGGAUAAUAAUAUCAGGCUAGCAACUCCCAUCAUCCCUGGCCCAUCGGCCAUGCUUAGGGCUGAGGGGAGCUGGAAUCUCAACAAUAUCUGGGAGGGAUUGGAUUCCCCGUGCCCAGCUUAGAUGAUACCCACUUCUGCCAAAGUAGAUAGUCCUGUUGGACUUCAUAACAGGGCAGUGGAGCCUGAUGGUCUCUGUGGUGGGUGGAGGAGGGGUGGUGAAAACAGCUACGAGUUGAGAUGUCCGUUGACCUUGCAGUCUGCUGUUGCUUCUCUUCCUCGCAGGACAUUUGGAAUAUGAGAGAGUGGUAUGGGCCCCCCCAUGAAGAGUAAUGGUGUUAUGUACAGUGGUACCUCGAGUUACAUACGCUUCAGGUUACAUAUGCUUCAGGUUACAGACUCCACUAACCCAGAAAUAUUACCUCAGGUUAAGAACUUUGCUUCAGGAUGAGAACAGAAAUCGUGCUUUGGCGGCGCGGUGGCAGCGGGAGGCCCCAUUAGCUAAAGUGGUGCUUCAGGUUAAGAAUAGUUUCAGGUUAAGAACGGACCUCCGGAACAAAUUAAGUUCUUAACCUGAGGUACCACUGUACAUGCGAGCACACAUAGCAAACAACUCAACAUGCACAGCUUCACCCAUGGGCUGGGAGGGGGGGAAUUGCUUCCCCCAAAUUAAAGAUCACCCAAUACAGAUGUCAUCAGAAAAAAAUGCUUGUUUAUUUUAUUCUUUUAUUUUCCAGAUUGGCGGUACCUAUGCAAAACCCGUAAUUCUUCCUCCUGAAGUAGCUAUUGGCGCUCUGGGGAAAAUACAAGUAUGUUGAUUCUGAAUGAUAAACCUACAGUUUCCGUAUUGAUUCAGUAUUGAUCACUCCCAUACGUUUUUGAAUGCAUUGUCACGACCAGAUUCACAUUUUGUGAAUCUUAAGUUUGGCCUCAUUAAGGGGCAGUAUUUCAAUAUGAGUAGGAAAAUGAGAGUACCCCUAAACACUUUUUAAGAAAAAAAGCAGUGGUCACGACGCUCUGCAAGCGUUUGUUGGUUUUUACCUAGGGGCAGUGAAAACUCAAACAAAGUGUUCUGAUUGUGAGGAGCAGCCAGAUUUUGAACCAGUCUUGCUGCUGUUUUACAAAGGCGCAUUGUCCUGCUGCAGUCACUGUGAAGAGUCAGGGCUGUGGAUGAGCACUUGCUCCACAAAGCCCCACAGUAGGGGAUGGGUUUGGAUUGCUCAAUAAGCCUACAGCCCCAAACAUACUUCCUAAGGUGUAAGCCCCAUAGUGGGAAUUGGUUUUGAGAAAAUAUGCACAGGAUUGUUCUGUAAAAGUUAACUUGAAAUACGAGCAUUUUCCUCAAUUGCAGAUUUGCUGUCUGCUCAGUUGAGGCCUUUAGAGAGAGAAAAAUCACACAACUGACUGUUUUCUGAGUGAUAGUAUUGGUUUUGUGAGGCAAGCUUUCAGAGUCAAGAGGGGAAACACUCUCAUCUGACUAAUUUCAGGGCCUCUUGCGUAUCCAGGGCAGUAGCCAAAGGUGUUAGAGAGUUCUGAUGUAUUAAUAAUACUCCAUUAGUAUUCUCUCCUUUUCUUCCUGGAUUUUUUAGGGCCUUCCUCGGUUUAAUGCGAAAGGUGAAAUAUUUAAAGCACAGAUAAUGAACGUGAGCUGGUCGGCCGAUCACAGAAUUAUCGAUGGCGCAACCAUGUCCCGUUUUUCCAACUUGUGGAAAUCUUACUUGGAGAACCCUGCUUUCAUGCUGCUGGAUCUAAAAUAAAGAGGACUAAUGCAUGGGUGCAUCGUUUAAAUUUUGAAACUGCUAUCAAGCUAGCUAUGCUAGCAAGUGUCCUUAAAUACUACAUUUCACAAUUCAGUGUGUGAAUUGUGUGAUCACUUACAAGGUGUGAUCAAUAGGCCUUUCUGAUCACCGGUCAGUGUACUGAUUAGCUGUUACAUUUUGUCGGGCUGAGUAGGUUAGUUUGUAAAUUAUUAGGCUAGAGACCGUCAUACCAGACUGUCAUACUUUGGCUCUUUGGUGCGGCAGUGAGAAAUCUAUGUUGAUAACAGGCCGUAUUCCACUACACUGACAUUGCCAGAUGAAGGUUACUAGCAUUUUUUUUUUAACUGCUUCUGCUGUUGGUAGAUUAAUCUUUUCUCAGAAUUUGAUUGGAAACAGGGUUUUCUCUUUCACAAAACAAAAGGGAUGAUACCAAGUUUCUGAUGCAACAAACGCACAAAUCAUGUUCAAAUAAAAUGCUUUUAUUGCUUAUUUUAUUAAAUACACGGGGAUGGCCUUUCAUUGGUUAUUGAUGCUAACGUUUCUUUUCCAAACGUCCUUUCUGCCUAAAUUAAUUUCUGUAAUAUGUGAAGCAACUGUCGGCAAAUGGGAAUAUGUCCAAUAGGAGUAAAGUUUGAAGCUCAUAACAGGGCACAGCUUAGCUAAAGAGCCAUAAAUGAAACUCAUGCAAAAUGGAGGUUCUUCAAAAUCCCAAGUACGUUGACUUUGGACAGUUAUUGGUGCUCCGUAUCAAGAUGGUAUGGAUAGGUAUUUUGUGUGAAAUCUAAUGAAUGUAACAGAGGUGCCCAAAGGAUAGUUUGCACAAUACAUUUGUUUAUUUCGCUGUCUCCCGCAUGCUGCUGUGGACCUGGGGCACAGACUCCUGGGGGCCCAGCCCUUUUGGGACACCCCCCCCAAUAUUUUGGGGGGCCCAAUGUCCAGAAAACAGGAGGAGGUUGAGCGCGGUGCAGCUUCCGUAGCCAGUUCCUCCUCCUCUUCCUGCUGCGGAGGGGAAGGAGGGUCCAAACAGCCCCCUGCCAAUGGCAGCGGGAGAAGGAGGAGGAGCCACUGGCUCUUGAAGCCAUGUGGCUGCCAUGUCCUACUCUGCCCCGGCUCCUCCAGAUGCUCUGACAUCAUGUGUGACAUCAGCCCAUCGCCCUUGCAAGCUGGCACCUCUGGUGUGGACACAUGUAAUUUAUGAAGCAAGCAACCACAGAUAGACAUAGCUGACAUCACUUCCUGUGAUCAGAGAGGCACAUUUUGAGCCAGCACAAUAAUAAAAUUUGCCAAUGGCCAAUUCCUGCGUUAAGUUUCUCCACAUGAGUGCAUGCCUGGGUUUGGAAAGGAGGCUGUUAAGUAGGAAGUAAAGGCAUACAGCAGAAAGGUGUUUGCCCGUUCACAUGAAAUGAACACUUUGAAGAGAUGCUGGGUUCAAGCUGCGUCAACUGUUAAGUGGUUUCAUCUGAGGAUUUUCCACAGCGCCACUGGAGUUCACGAUCCCUUUUUCUGCACGUGCAUUUAGAGCCGAAGAAUGGUAUCCAGUUAAGUCGCUGUGUGCGCAGGAAUUGCCCCCCAUACCGUCCCCCAAAUCUGCUCGGAAGGCUGUUCCAACUCUAUUGUGCAAUUGUGGACUGGACUUCAGAACGGCGAAAACCUGAGAUACAAGCAGAAAGGGGUUUGAAACAAACAAUACACAAUGCACAACUGUUUAGGGAGAUUUAAAGUGACCUUAAAAGUGAGCGUGCCGGAUUAAAGGAUGUACAUGACAGAAACUAAAAGGCACUUUAAAGAAAGAAAAUAAAAUAAGCUUCUAAAAAUCAUAUGGGAAAUGAUCAUACGCUCAAAAUGCUUGACAGAAGCUUAGUAUUGCACGCACAGCGUAUUUUCAAACAAUCUUGUACUGUAUCCUUAUUGUGAAAGUUAUUUGGUUAAACACCCCUACAAACUUCUGAAUAGUAUAUGUUUAUUUUUUAAUAAAAAAACACUCCUCUUGUCAUCUGUGAGAAGAAAGUUGAGGUGAAAUAUCUGAGAUUUAGAGACCUAAAGAUGUGAAAUAAUACUCAAGUCUCAUGUACAUCUGUGAGGAAUUUUGCAUUCACUUUUGCCGAUUAAAAAACAAUUACUAUAUACUGACUUAACAUUUCUUUUAAAUUGUUUUCUAUUCUUGAAUAAAUCUUUUAUUAC